AUGGGCUGCGCCUUUACCAACCACGCCGUGCGCCUCGCUGCCGCCUCAAGCUCCGGCCCUCUGAAGCUCGUCGUGCUCGAGCGCUGCGAGGUGGCGUGCGCCGCCUCGGGCCGCGCCGGCGGCUUCCUCGCCCGCAAUUGGUGCUCCGGCCCGGCCGCCGUCCUAGCAGAGACCUCCUUCGACAUGCACGCUGCCUUUGCCGCCGACAUCGCCGCCUCUCGCCCGCCCGCAGAGGCCGACGCCCUCGGCUACCGCAGCCUGCCGACGUUCUUUGCCGCCUCUGCCGCAAGCCCCGUCGCCGCCCGCCAUCGCGGGCCCGAUGCCGACCACGACGCCGUCGCUUGGCUCGACCGCGACGCUGUCGCCUCCAUCGAGUGCCGCGAUGACGGCGCCACCACCGCCCAGAUCACUCCGCGCCCCUACACCCGCGCCCUGCUUGACGACGCCAUCCGCAGAGCAAACGCAGCGCCCGCCGUCGACGUCGAGCUCAUCGAGGGCGCCGCAGUCACCGGCCUGCUCUACUCCGCACAUGGCCUUGUCGCCGGUGUUACCUGGCAUCCGGCGAGUGACCCCAGCCAUGCCUGCGAGCUCGCUGCCGACGACGUCGUCCUCGCCAUGGGCCCGUGGACCGGCCGCGCCGACGACUGGCUACCCGAAGACGCCCGCGGCUUGCUCGACAUCGACGGCCAGCCGGCAUUCUCGCUGGUGCUAGACCCUCAGACGCACGUCGCCGCCGCCGCAGUCUUCCUCGACGCCAACACCGUCGACUGCGAGAUCUAUCCACGCCCGGACGGUUCUGUCUACGUGUGUUCCGGCAACGUGCCGACCUACGACCUGCCAGACUCUCCGCGCCAGCAGCUGGAGGACGUCGUCCGCGCCUCCUCCUCCGCCCUCGCGGCUGCGCCGCGGUCCUCCUCCCACGCCUGCUUCCUCCCCAUCCGCACCAGCAACGACGCCGUCCCGCUCAUCGGCCGCGUCAUCGACAACCAGCCGCUCUACGUCGCCGCCGGCCACUCCUGCUGGGGCAUCCUCAACUCGCAAGCCACCGGCCUAGCCCUUGCCGAGCUAGUCCUCACCGGCAAAGCCCGCACGCUAGAUCUGAGACCGUUUGCCCCGUCUCGAUGAGCAGCCGUCGAGUGACACACACACA